AUGUCUACUUCGAGCGACGCACGACUUCAUUUUGAAGGGGUACUCGACAAGGCUGGAAAAAGGUUCUUCGAGGUAUGUGUUCAUCUGCAUUCCAUAACAAAACUUAAUUUACAGCGCUAAACCAAAACAUGUUUAAUAUCAUACUUGCUAGACUGAAAUCAAUGUACAGGCUGCGUAAAAAAAAACAACUAAGGAAGUCAGCUAAGACAUUUUAGGCCAAAAGUGGUUGAAGAAGGGAACGAAAUUGGAUACACACACGGGCGCACCCGGGCAUCUUUGUGAGGUACAUUUCCAUAUUGCUAAAGAAGCUAGUAGGCAUAUUUGUUUCUGUAAAUACACAUUAAGAACACAUAAUAACAUAAUUAUUAAGUAAUUUUCUCUCGCAAGGCAUAUAAAGGUUUUUAAAGAAAAGUAUUUGAAAUAUAAUAUCGAAACAACUUUCGCUGAAGCAAUAUAUGUCGCCAUUUAGCUUUCGAUUGAAUGUAUGAUACAGUUAGUGAAUGAUUGCUCUAUUUUUCUUGGUUUACGCUUGAUCUACUUGGCUAUUAAGGUCAUUCACUUUAUGAAAGUUGGAGUUCGAUCAUCAUUUAAUUGCCGCUCAAAGAAAUUAACACUGUUUACAUACUCCUCAACGACUUCCGCUUCGUAUGCCUAUAUGUCCUUCCCCUCCCCCUCCCCCAAAGGAUAUGCUUGGUUUGUGUUGUAUAGUGAGAGUGACCGGCUGCCCUGACGGCUAAAAUACAUCCGAACACAUUUUAAUCCGUUUACCUACACAACAGUAUUAUGAAAUUUGCUUCAUAAUAAAAUUUUCAGGUAUAUAUUGAAUAGACAUUAUAAUGGGUGUGUAAGGCUAGUGUGCACAUAUUGUAAGCUUUUUAUAAAGGAUCCAUUUGGCUUUAUAUUUUAUCCAUAAGGCAUUUUAAUAUAGAAGCACUUUAAGGUAAUUUAGUAGGCAUAUUUUUUAUUCAGCAAACACCUGAAACACCAAUACUUUGCUAAACCAUUCUCCUGCUCUAACUUCCAUCUCACUUGUGAUGUCCUCUUAAUUGUGUAAGGAGGGGGGAGGGGGUGGUACACAUACCUCUGGUCUGAAUUUUAAAGCUGGAUGUUAUUGAGAAGGAAGUCAUGCCCCGCUCAGUGUAUUUUACUAAAAAUGUAUCUCCGCUUGUCUUCAUCAUUGUUGCAGUGCAGCUUUAACUUAUCUGCAUGUUUGUCAUUUGUUGUCAUUUCAUCUGUCUUAUGUUCAGGGCUGUCAACCCCUUAAGUUUUCAAAUAUUGAGAAUUGGCAGAUGACGUCAGAAAUGCACAACACAUGACGUCAUUUCUCCAAAAACGGGCGAAAAUUGUGACAUUUGACCUGAUUGGUUAACUUGCCACCAGUCACGUUAUUGCUUAUAUUUCAAUGGCGUACCAUAGUUUCUGAGAAAAUGUUCAAUGUUAAUAAAAAAGCUAAAAAAAAAACAAAAAAUAAAAUAAAAUAAAAAAGCUCAAACAGCACAAAAUAUUUGAAAUUUCAUUGUCAGAGAGUCGAGUCUACAAGAAAUGGCAAAUUUUGGCGAUUAUCCGCCAGAGUUGACAGCACUGUAUGUUGUUGUUUCAAGGCCAUGUUGCUUAUCAGAAUUGUCCCCAAACAACAAGGCCAUAUUUGUGGUUUUAUCAUUUAUCUACACAUAAUUAACUGACUCAUAUCAUAAUCAGCAAAUAACACAAGGUAUUUGAAGUUUGUAGUCACUGCAGCGUCCGCAGAAAUAAAAAAAUGAUCUUUGCUAAUAGACCUUAGUAAGGUUUUUCUACUUCACACUAUUUGCCCUAUCCACAUGCACUUGAAUGCAUGAUUUUUGAAAAGACAAAAAGGCAAAUUCUUUUGCUGGUCUGAACUGGGAAAACAAAACAUUCAAGGCUCUAGCUAUAGCUUCGAGCCAAAAAGUCUAUGUAAAGGGUCAUCCCUCUCCCUAAUACCUCAUUCCUUCCUCCCUCCACUUACUGCACUUGCCUCAUGGGGUAAUAUGCAAACUAAAGGUUUGGCUUUACAUACUUUAAGUGUGUUGCACCCUAGUCCUCACCCCAGGGGGUGAGGACUAGGGUCCUCACUAAAGUCUUAUGUGGGGGAGGUUUUGUCGCAAGUUCCAACCCCUUUAAUGUGUUUAAUGGCUACCAGUUCAUAUGCCUAAGGCCUGAAAAAGGCACCUCUUUUGGGUGGAGCCAGAACCCCUUAUAGGCCAAUAUUUUAAGGCAUCCCCCCCACGCCUGUGCUUGGAAAACAGAAAAUAGAUAUGUUGUUGCAUUAAUUUAGUAAAGAUAUGUUCACAAUUGAAGUGCUCCUUUUUUAAAAAAAUGUAGUUCAAUAUUUCUGUGACAAAUAUAGUUUGGAAUCAAGUAAUAUCAUUCAAAGUGCUUGCACCAGUAAAUUGUUCCUCAACAGAUCUAAUUAACCUUCACUGGAGUUUUGAUAAGGAGGUGAUCUAGUCAGCUCCUUUCUGUGCUAAAUCACAAAGUAAGGAUCCCAUUAUUGCCUGGAGCAGCAGGCUGGACAAAAUGUGCUCACUUUUCAGUAGACUUUUCUGCACAUAUUUGGGAAUAUUAACACUUCCUUAGCAAAUAUAAAACAUUUUAUCAUUAUUGUCUGUUAUAUCAAGGGUUUUAGAAAAAGAUGGUUCACUCUAGAUGGACAGGACUUGACAUACUAUAAGGCUCCUGAGAAAACGGUAUGUGAUAAACAUAACUUAAUGUUGAAUUAAGAAUAAGAAAUUAGUAUCUUGCUAGAGAAUCCUUUAUGGCCAGGGGGUACUCCCAUAUUGAGGGAGUUAAUGCUUGUCAUCUUGCGUUUAGUGUCACUUAGGGUAUUCAGGAUGUUACUACAUUAUACAUGUCAACUACGUGCCUUCUUGAACUGCAGGCAUUUAUUUUUUGUUUUUUUGCAUCAGGCUGCCAUGGCUACCAAUGCACGACCCAUGACACACAUCUCUCUAAUCAACGUUGAAUUCAUUAGGCAGAUUAUUAAAUAUACUAAUAAUUUGUACCCCUGGGUCUCCAAGAUUGUUUAUCUUUCUUUUUUUCGGGCUUGAUUUUAAAUGCCAGAACUAAAGUUCCCAACAAACUGCAGCUAAUUCAAAUAUUAAAGGCACAUUAAAAGUUGUUACUUUAUUGCUUCAUGCCUUAUAAAACUAACUAGGACAGCUCCCUGGUCAGCUCUAGGCGGGAUUUUUCAAUAAGGAGGAUCUUAUGACAGAGUCCAUUAGAAAAUGGGAGCAAACCAGUCCACCACCCUGCACUCCUACAGCUUUUGAAAAAUUCAUGGAAAGAGAAAGUCUAGCAUGUUGAUUAGUCAUAUAGUGUAAGCUGAAUAGAAAGAUUGAAAAGCUGACAUUAAUGGUUCUCAUGAGCACUCAUCCUUUGUUAGAAUGCUCGCAAUGUCAUUUUUUCAAUAUUCUUAUGGUGGCACAUGGACUUUUAAUUUAGAAUCAGUUGAUAAAACGAUAUUUCAUUUGUGUUUUAUUCGCCCACCAACGCAUUACCACAGCUUUUUGAAACUUUUUAAACCUAUUGUAGGUUUCAUUCAGACUACAGAGUGAUGGCCUGAUUGUUUUACUACUACAAUUUGUCCUUGUUAGAGGGCUUGCGUGCACCCUAGGAUACCCUGACCACACCAAGUAUCCCUCCAACUUUGAAUUUAAGUUACGAGUAGUCUACACAGUUGUACAGGCAAUCAAAAAUACGCGAGAUAUAUUUAGGACGCGUUCAUCACUAGAAAAAUUGCCCACAAUUGGAUCAUGUUCAACACUAAACUACGCGAUGUAUCUUUAAAUUAUUUGUAUUCUUUGUCUUUUUUUUUUUUUUGACAGGAAGAAAAUUACCUUGGACACAUCGAUUUUAGCCAGGUGAUUUGUCUUUGUUAGUAAGAAACUCAGACGUAUUUUAUCAGUGUAAUUUUUUAUGAAUUCUUAUACGCACAUCUAUGAAUACCCGGGGAUGUAUGACGUAAUUGACCACUAUGAUAGAUGUUUUCCAGAAUUAGCCUCCCCCACAGACACUCUUAGGGGUGCGUCACGCGUUCCUGAUGGGUAAUGUCUUUAAUGUUUUUAUAAUUCACUUUUUCCAUUUCUUUAUUUUUUUUUUUGGAAUUAGGUUAAAGCAGUUAAUCCUGUCAAAAUGGUGAACAAUGGAUUUCAGAUAGUUACCAAGAGCAGGACGUACACUUUUGUAAGUUAGACUAAUACCGUAAAUGAUCUAAUUUACGCCCACUCUCAUAUAGACGCCUAUUAUCUAAUCACAUUGAACGCCCCCUCUACAAUGUUAAGUUUAUAUUAGACACCCCUCUCUAAUAAAACGCCCACCUGUCUGAUAGCCGCCCCCUAUUGACAAUAACUCCAAAAAACUAGGAAUUAUCAAAAAGGAGUAAAAUCAUUUAAUUUAUUCACUUUUUGGCUUGAGUAACAAGUAACAAUAGGCUUAAACGAUGACAACACAAUGAAACUGAAUAAGGAUGCUGAGGAUUCUGACAUCGAUGUUGAGAUUGAAAGGACGAUAUGCCGGACCUCUAGACGACCUAGCUGUAUCAAUUAACGGACUGGAUUAAAAUCUCUUGAUAUUUCGCCCCAAGGCAUAUUACAGAUAUUAGUUUUGUUAAGCUUAUUACAGUAAUGAAAAUAAACGCUUCUCUCUUUUGAACGCCUCCUGAGGGGCACCCAACGAGAAUAUAGAUUAAAACCACAUAAACAUUUAUCCCCUAAAAAUUUUUCAUCUGUUCGGAUUUCCUAGCUGAAAGUCUAGUGAUCCGAAAAUUAUAGGGAUCAAAACUUACCUUUUCGAAAAUUUCAGGCAGAAAAAAGGCUCCCGAAAAUUGUAGGUGACCUUUUUAGCGUAAAAGUUCGUUACAAAUACGCAAUUAUACUUUUUUUAGAUGUUCGAAAAUCCUAGGAGAACACGCGCAAGCAAGAAAAUAUUUUACAACAAAUGUUCCGUAAAUUCUAGAUCUCAAAUCGCCUUCCGAACAGAUAUUUUCCGAAAAUUGACGAUGGGUGCCCCCUGCCUCCUAUCUUGGACCCCCAAAACGCCCCGGCGUCUAUCAGAUCGUUUAGGUUAUGUUAUUCUUAUAACGCACCGUUAUAAGCCUUCAUUUGAGAUUCGUAGGAGUUCUGGAGCUCUAAUUGACACAUUCAACUAAAGAGAACGAGGUCGAAAUCUUUUUAGUAUCGCAAAAAGUAUGCAAAUAAGUCAUACGAGUAAUAUAAGCAAUUAGACAGACGCUCAGAGAAUAUAUAGUGCAAUCCAGUUUCUUUAGCGAUAAGUGGCUUUAUCGUCAUUUUUAUUUUUAUAAAUUCACAAAAUUUAUUCUCAAGUGAGCUUUCGGUGCGAUUCUCAGAGAAUUAGUGAAUUGUUAUGUUUUAUGUCAAGAGUGGUUCCUGAAAUAGAAGUGAACUUUGCUUAAGAAUGUUUUUCUGUUACAGUCUGCUCCCACACCAGAAUUACUCACAGACUGGGUGAGUGUGCUGAGGCAAGCCAUGCAACUGAAAUCCAUAGAAAAACGCAACCGUAGUUUGAGGUGAAAAGGCUUUCUUUUUAAUUUGUCUGCGUGUGAGACAUUCUUCAGACGUUCUUAGGGUUCGUUACGCGUCACUGACGCGUUCCGCCCUACGAAGCAGGAACGCGUGGAGAACUCCUAACAACGUCUGCGUGAGAGUCUAUAUGAGACAGAGAGCAGAUGCGGCUAAGCCUUCACUUGCAACCGUUCUUUGUAGUGUUUUCUUUUUAGAGUCAUUUUAUUCAGAAACACAAAAGAGUCGACAAAAAUAAUGUAUCAUCAGAUACAAAUGGCUACACCUUUAACUCAGGUUUCGGGUGACCACGUAGAAAUGGUGGCUUUAGGCUGUUUUAGCAACAGAAAGGGAACGUCAGUUGUAACCUGAGAUCAAGCUCUAUUUUCGUUUCGCUUUGUAAAUAACAUUCCGGCGAGCAUGGCGAAGCCAUUAGAGAGAAUGUAUGAGAACCGCUCAAAUUGGGCCUGAUCUCAGGUUACGUCAGUUGACGACGGCGCGCGCAAAUCAAACAACUGGCUUGACCAAUGGCAGAGCGGCAAAUUGGGCACUGGAAGUCGAGUUUCGUCCUUUCCUCACGCUUCCCCGUCGUCAAAUGGCGUUCCCGUUCUGUUGCUAAAUCAUUAACUUCUCAAGCACUGGAUGUAAAAUCAGUGACCUAUCUUAAUCAGUACUUCGAGUGAAAUACGUAGUUAGACGAACACUUUCUUAACUUUUGUCCACUUGAUCAUGGAUGAGGCCUGUGUAUGCCAUGCACUUAUUUUUAUCACUUUUCAAAAAUUAAGCGAUUAGCUUCUUUCCUUACGUGCUCUCUCUUAUAUCUGAAAACAUGAUCUCUUUUCUUUACGGCGAUUUUAGCUGUCAAGAUCCCAUUUCUUCGCAGUACGAAGAAGUUUCAAGUCGUUCACUGCGCAGUCUCAGUACUGAUCACAGCUUGGAUGAGUUUGAUGCAGCCGACCUCUUGUACUCGAGUGUAAGCGAGCCCGGUAACCAGCGUGGAGCGUCUUCUCAAGGACAAGGAGAGUACGGUUUAGUUGGUCCUGCAACGCUACCGAGAGCACAAAGAGAUAAAGAUGACGCUGUAAUGUACGAGCUAGUUGGUUCGAGGCCUCCAUCAAAAUCCGCCCCUCCCACUUACGAAAUGGUCCAGUCUUCGAAGAAAAACACGGUUGAAAACGCCGAAGGGCUUUAUGAUUUGGUCCAGGAUGUUCAACGGCAGGAAAGCCCCAAGCCGCUUGAGGAAGGAAGUACCGGGCAGGAAGAACCAGCUGCUCCACAGAUACCCGCAGAUACAGAUGCUGAAAAGCAAGAACAGACUUCGCUUUAUAGCACCGUGACAAGGGAUCGCAGUAGAAAGAAAAAACCGUCCGUGCGCGGUCUGUCAAUGAUCACAGAAGGAGAAAACGAGGAAGUGGAAGAACUUUCUCCCGUGCCUACCCCCGAGGAGACUGCACCUUCGUUGCCUGCCAAGUCUGUAGCUGAAGGUCAUGCUAUAUAUGAAAUAAAGCGAUUCUUGGAAGAAACAGCAAAGGAGGACGAGGAAAAUGGGAUAAGUUAUCAAAAAACCAAUGGGAACGAGCAAGAACCUGAUGCUUUUCCAGUGCGAUCAGGUUCUGCGUUCCAGCAGCUAAAGGCUUUCUUACAGGAGCUUGAUUCUACAGAAUCUGAUUAA